UCUUUUAAUCGCAUCACGUAUUUCCUCUCUCCUCUUCCUCUAAGGUUUCAUUACAAGGUCUCUCUCAAUCUAGGGUUCAAUUUCAGUGUUUUAGUUUUAUUAUAUCCUAAAUUAUUUACUGGAAUCGUAGAGUUUGCGUCUCUCGCGUUUACAGGAUCCAACAUGGCAACCGCAUCAGUUGCAUUUAAGUCUAGGGAGGAUCAUAGGAAGCAAAUUGAAUUGGAAGAAGCGCGUAAAGCAGGGCUUGCACCUGCUGAAGUUGACGAGGAUGGAAAGGAGAUUAAUCCUCAUAUUCCUCAGUAUAUGUCUUCUGCGCCUUGGUAUCUUGAUAAUUCUCAGAAACCUAGCUUGAGACAUCAAAGGAAGUGGAAAUCAGAUCCAAAUUAUUCAAAAUCAUGGUAUGACAGAGGUGCAAAAGUUUAUCAAGCUGAAAAAUACAGGAAGGGUGCAUGUGAAAAUUGUGGAGCCAUGACACAUGAUGCAAAGUCAUGCAUGGAAAGACCUCGGAAAGUGGGGGCUAAGUGGACUAAUAAACACAUUGCUCCAGAUGAAAAAGUAGAGUCCUUCGAGCUUGAUUAUGAUGGUAAGCGUGACCGAUGGAAUGGAUAUGAUACAUCAAGUUAUGCCCGUGUUGUUGAGAGAUAUGAAGCACGAGAUGCAGCUCGAAGUAAGCAUCUUAAGGAACAGCAGCUUAAGAAGUUGGAAGAGAAAAAUAGCAACGAAAGUGAUGAGGCUCUGGCUAGUGAUGAGGACAACUAUGAAGAUGAUUUGAGGGUGGAUGAAGCCAAAGUUGAUGAGAGCAAACAAAUGGAUUUUGCGAAGGUAGAGAAGCGUGUACGCACAACUGGUGGUGGGAGCACAGGGACUGUCAGGAAUUUGCGUAUACGGGAGGAUACAGCAAAAUAUCUUUUAAAUCUUGAUGUCAACUCUGCCCAUUAUGAUCCCAAAACCCGGUCAAUGCGUGAGGAUCCUCUUCCAGAUGCUGAUCCUAAUGAGAAGUUCUAUGGGGGAGAUAAUCAAUACAGAAAUAGCGGUCAAGCUUUGGAGUUCAAGCAGCUGAAUAUUCAUGCUUGGGACGCAUUCGAUAAGGGACAAGAUAUUCACAUGCAAGCAGCUCCAUCCCAAGCAGAGUUGCUAUAUAAGAAUUAUAAGGUCAUAAAGGAGAAGUUGAAGACCCAAACAAAGGACACGAUUAUGGAGAAGUAUGGUAAUGCUGCCAGUGAAGAAGAACUCCCAAGAGAGCUUUUACUAGGACAAAGUGAAAGACAAGUUGAAUAUGACCGUGCUGGACGGAUCAUAAAGGGGCAGGAGACUGUGCUUCCCAAAAGCAAGUAUGAAGAAGAUGUUUACAUUAACAACCACACAAGUGUGUGGGGUUCAUGGUGGAAGGAUCAUCAAUGGGGCUACAAGUGCUGCAAGCAGACAAUUCGGAACAGCUAUUGCACAGGUGCUGCUGGAAUUAAGGCUGCCGAGGCUGCAACUGAUCUCAUGAAGGCUAAUAUUGCCCACAAAGAGGCUACUGAAGAGUUGCCAGCACCAGUGGAGGAGAAGAGGCUUGCUACUUGGGGAACUGAGGUUCCGGAUGAUUUGGUUUUGGAUGAGAAGUUGCUUGCUGAAGCACUUAGAAAGGAGAAUGAGAGAAAGAAAGAAGAGAAAGACGAAAGGAAACGGAAGUACAAUGUUAGAUGGAAUGAUGAGGUUACCCCCGAAGAUAUGGAGGCUUAUAGGAUGACAAAAAUACAUCACGAUGACCCAAUGAAGAAUUUCCUCCGCUGAGUUUGGCUUGCAUGCCAUAUAGCUCAGGUGGAUACUUCAAGGCUUGCCUUUCUAUUUUGGCUCUGUCAGGUUGCACAACUAGUUGUGCGCUAGUUUGUUGUACUGCUCUCUGUGCCAAUCAUUCGGCUUAUCCUUCAUUUGUGGCUUUCUGUUGGUUCGAGUUAAAGUGAAUGUUUGUCUAUGCGGGCAAUGCUGUCUGGUUAUUGGAAAAAGUUUAUUCUGUGUGAUAACUCCGCGAAAGGGAAAUGAUUGUUAUGCUGUCCAACUUCUAUAUUUAUUUAGGCUUUAACUAGAAUUGUGUCAGGUUCACCGACAAAGUCCAAGCAUUAUUGUGAGUGCAUCAAGAGCAGACAACUCUUAAAUGAAGGAUUUAUGAGCUGAAAAAUGAUGAAUGUUAUGUUUAAUAUGUGUAUCAAAGAUGGGAAUUAUCUUUUCAAA